CGCCAACAUGUUGUCAUGGCUUCUGUGGGCUUGGUUGUUUGCUAGUACAUCCUUCGCGCAAACCACUCUCUUCACUCGGGGGCAAAAAUGGCAGAUCAUCCUUACUGGCACGCCGGAUAUGUCGAAGAGUCCACUUCCACCCACGGAUGCUCCAGUAUUUGAUGUCGACCUUUUCGACAAUGAUGCCACCACCAUCACAGCUUUGAAAGCUCAAGGGAAGACGGUAAUUUGCUAUUUCAGCGCCGGCACGGUGGAGGACUGGAGGGACGACGCGAAAGACUUCCCGACAAAUGACCAAGGAAAAAUACUUCCAGAGUGGCCGAAUGAGAAAUGGAUACGGACGGGUAGCUCCAAAGUUAGAGAUGUUAUGGCGAGAAGAAUCAAGAUGGCUUCCGACAAAGGGUGCGAUGCUUUGGACCCAGAUAAUAUAGAUGGCUACCAAAACGAUAACGGCUUAAACCUCCAGAAAGCCGACGCCAUCAGCUUCAUGCAAUUCCUGCAAAAGAACGCUUCGUACUAUAACAUGAAUAUUGGCCUCAAAAAUAGCCUUGAUAUUCUUUCGACUGUGGCUCCGAUCAUAGAUUUCGCGGUGAACGAGGAGUGUGCAGCUAGGGCAGAAUGCUCUGCCUACAACGAGUUUCUCAAUUCGAACAAACCUGUGUUCCAUAUCGAAUAUCCCCCUAAAAUGAACCCUGUCUCAGACAAUGACAAGCGGACUGCCUGCACCUCAGCUGGAACCACGGGUAUGAGUACUGUUAUGAAGAAUAAGUCCUUGGAUGGAUUGACACUUUACUGCGAUGGUAGCCAGGCGGACACCCCCACAAAGGGCGGAACCCGACCUCCGAAGAGUACAUCAAGGCCUGUAUCUGGCCCAACUACAAACCUAACCACUCCAUCUUCAACACCAGAACCACCUACCACGAAAUCAAAACCUCCAAGUUCGACCAAGACGUCCACUCAGAGGCCACCAACAACCACACCAGCGAAUCCGGGCGGUGGUGGCUGCCAGCAAAAGCACUGGGAUCAGUGCGGUGGACAGGACUGGAAGGGUUGUACGGUUUGCGCAUCGCCGUACCAGUGCAAGGGGGUAUCGCCGCCGUACUAUUACCAGUGUCUAUAAAAGUUGGCCUAAUUUAGGGCAGUUCUGGAUUCUUUGUGUAAUGUAUCUUCAAUAUACCCGGUGCAUAGACGAUAACGUCAAGGGCUUUUUCCCACUGAG